ACGCGUCCGGGGCACCUGCUACGCGGCGGCUCGCGGUGUGCAGCCUCCGGGCGUGGAUUCCCGAGGAAGGACCUGCUGCCGAAUUGCCCUCGCGUUGUAGACCCUUAAACCCUCCGGAUCUCUUAGCCGUGAGUUCGGGUACCUAUUACACCAUUCUUUGGCGAAGGUUAUUCAGCAGUGGUGACCCCUUGCAAUCGAACACUCUACAAAUUAUUAUCUCUGGACUCCCAGCUGACACCCUGCCGGAGGCAAGAGCUACUAAGCCAACUGGAACUGUGCCUUUUCUCUUGUCAAGGUUUUUUUCUUACACAGGAAAAAGAAAGAAAAAAAAAAAGAUGAAGUUGGGCAAAGUGGAGUUCUGCCAUUUUUUGCAGCUAAUAGCGCUUUUCCUGUGUUUCUCUGGGAUGAGUCAAGCAGAGCUCUCCAGGUCCAGAUCAAAGCCCUAUUUCCAAUCAGGGAGGUCCCGGACCAAGCGCAGCUGGGUGUGGAAUCAGUUCUUUGUGCUGGAGGAAUACAUGGGUUCAGACCCUCUCUAUGUAGGAAAGCUUCACUCUGAUGUUGAUAAAGGAGAUGGUUCCAUCAAAUACAUCUUGUCAGGCGAAGGGGCAAGUUCCAUUUUCAUUAUUGAUGAGAACACUGGGGAUAUUCAUGCUACCAAGAGGCUGGACCGGGAGGAACAGGCCUACUACACGCUCCGCGCCCAGGCGCUGGACAGGCUCACCAACAAGCCUGUAGAGCCCGAGUCCGAGUUCGUCAUCAAGAUUCAGGAUAUCAAUGACAACGAACCCAAAUUCUUGGAUGGUCCGUACACGGCGGGGGUCCCCGAAAUGUCUCCAGUGGGGACCUCAGUGGUACAAGUGACAGCCACGGAUGCUGACGAUCCUACAUAUGGCAACAGUGCCCGAGUGGUCUACAGCAUUCUGCAAGGACAGCCAUACUUCUCAGUGGAACCAAAGACAGGAGUCAUCAAGACCGCCCUUCCAAACAUGGAUAGAGAGGCUAAAGACCAGUAUUUGCUUGUUAUUCAGGCAAAGGAUAUGGUUGGUCAAAAUGGAGGACUCUCAGGAACCACGUCAGUCACGGUGACCCUAACUGAUGUCAAUGAUAACCCACCUCGCUUUCCUCGAAGGUCUUACCAGUAUAACGUCCCAGAGUCAUUGCCAGUGGCCUCCGUUGUGGCCCGAAUCAAAGCGGCUGAUGCUGAUAUAGGAGCUAAUGCUGAAAUGGAAUACAAAAUUGUGGAUGGUGAUGGAUUAGGGAUUUUCAAGAUUUCUGUUGACAAAGAUACACAGGAAGGAAUCAUUACUAUACAAAAGGACCUGGAUUUUGAAGCCAAAACAAGUUACACACUCCGGAUAGAAGCUGCAAACAAAGAUGCCGACCCUCGCUUUCUCAGCUUGGGGCCAUUCAGCGACACGACAACGGUGAAGAUAAUUGUGGAAGAUGUGGAUGAGCCCCCCGUGUUUUCCUCACCUCUGUACCCCAUGGAGGUGUCAGAAGCUACCCAAGUUGGGAAUAUCAUUGGCACUGUAGCAGCUCAUGACCCAGAUUCUUCCAACAGCCCUGUGAGGUAUUCAAUUGACAGAAACACAGACUUGGAGAGAUACUUCAAUAUUGAUGCCAACAGUGGAGUUAUUACAACUGCCAAAUCCUUGGAUCGAGAGACAAAUGCUAUUCAUAAUAUCACAGUUCUUGCAAUGGAGAGCCAGAAUCCAUCUCAAGUUGGAAGAGGCUAUGUGGCCAUUACUAUACUCGACAUCAAUGACAACGCCCCCGAAUUUGCUAUGGAGUAUGAAACCACUGUGUGUGAAAAUGCCCAGCCAGGGCAGGUUAUCCAGAAGAUCAGUGCUGUUGAUAAAGAUGAGCCAUCGAAUGGACACCAGUUUUAUUUCAGCUUAACAACUGAUGCAACAAAUAACCACAACUUUUCAUUGAAAGACAACAAAGACAACACAGCUUCCAUUCUCACCAGGAGAAAUGGCUUCCGGAGACAAGAACAGUCUGUUUAUUAUCUGCCGAUCUUUAUCGUGGACAGUGGGUCGCCUUCCCUCAGCAGCACCAACACCCUCACCAUCCGUGUCUGUGACUGCGAUGCCGAUGGGAUAGCCCAGACUUGCAAUGCGGAGGCCUAUGUCCUCCCUGCCGGCCUCAGCACGGGAGCCCUGAUCGCCAUACUCGCCUGUGUCUUGACAUUACUGGUGCUGAUCCUCCUGAUUGUCACCAUGAGAAGACGGAAAAAAGAGCCUCUCAUUUUUGAUGAGGAGAGAGACAUCAGAGAAAAUAUCGUGAGAUACGACGACGAAGGUGGGGGAGAGGAAGACACAGAAGCUUUUGACAUGGCCGCGCUCAGAAAUCUCAACGUCAUCAGAGAUACCAAGACCCGGAGGGAUGUGACUCCAGAAAUUCAGUUCUUGAGUCGACCAACUUUUAAAAGCAUCCCAGAUAAUGUCAUUUUUCGGGAAUUUAUUUGGGAACGACUGAAAGAAGCAGAUGUCGAUCCCUGUGCUCCCCCCUAUGAUUCCUUGCAGACGUACGCAUUUGAAGGAAAUGGCUCAGUGGCUGAAUCACUCAGCUCCUUAGAUUCCAUCAGCUCAAACUCUGAUCAGAAUUAUGACUACCUAAGUGACUGGGGGCCUCGCUUUAAACGACUUGCAGAUAUGUAUGGAACCGGCCAGGAGAGUUUGUACUCAUAGCCCUGGAACCCUCAUUUGAAAAUGUACUGAAGAAAAAGUCAAAGCAAAAAAAAAUAAAUAAAUAACAAAAAAAUAAAAAAUAAACCCACUCCAUACAGAAAACAAGAACUCGACUUACUAGAGAAAACGGUUGUAAAUACUUCUCCAUUUUUAACUGUUUCGGUUUCUGCCUUGGUGAAGCAUAUCUUCAUUAGACUUAUCCAAGGGACUGCACUGACCACAGACUCUGAGCAUUUGAAGGCUUUUUGAUAAAACGAAAUGCUCAGUGGUUUGUGAAUAGAUAGCAACUCUCAGAUACCUGCAAAGCACCUAACCUCUAUGAGUAAGUAGUGCCCUGUGUUGUCCGUGAACCAAGCGUGCCCUGUACAUACCUUCACGGUACCUGCCAGUGAGAAGAAUAGAACACGAUGUGCCGUUGAAAAGUCCUGGAACUUCCUGCAUAUCAAAACUUGGGACAAAUUUAAUUUCCAGUGAUGCUUUUAGCUUGUUAGAUUAUAGAAUCCAGCAGAAUUUUAUUGCUGUUGGUUAGCAAAUAUAUUUCAUUUAGCAAUAUAUAAAUUCUUAGAAAAUCCUCCCCAAUCCUCCAAUACAAGCCAAUAAAAUUUGGUUUAAGGCAACAUAAACCAUUGUUUAGCCAAUAAAUUGUGAAGUGUUCCAAAUAAGAAAAAGGUAAAUCAUUCUUAAAGUUUGCAGUCGUUUUGAGAUGCUUGCAUAGGUAUGAAAAAAGUUGCUGUCUAUUCAUUGAUUUGUAUUAUCUCUUCUGAUUUAUACAGGAGACUAUCUUUUCUUUUUUUAUUUGACACAUGGUGUUAUAUUUAUUUUGGAGUUCCAGUCUCCACUAAAUUCAGGUCCAUCUGACUGCCUCAUAGCAUUAAGCUCGUCAGAACAUGCUGAUUUUUCUCCAGUCUGAGCCACAUGAAGGAAAUGAAGCAUGGAAAUGGAGAAAAAAAUAGUAGAGCAGUUGAGCCCUGUUGUAGUUCAUAUAUCAGAGAGGAACACAGCUACAAGGACAUAGAAGUUGUUCAUCUGAGCCAUUAGAAUGUACCAAACAAACAGUGGAAUAAAAUCUUUGUAACUUAGAAAGAUUUCAGAGAGAAUUGAGAUUUUUUGUUUUGAUGCAAGAUUUAUUUAUGCUCCAAAGACUUUUGAGAAUUUGUUUUCCCCAGCCUCGUUUGCUGUAAACAUACUGAGUAAAAGGCUGGGUUGUUUUUUUUGUUUUGUUUUGUUUUGUUUUGUUUACUAUAUCUUAAACAAUGGAAUGUUAUAAAUUUCAAAAAAAAUCUUUAAAUUUUAAUGCAAAUUUGUUCCUCAAGAAUUAACCAGGUAAGGCAGGAUUUCUGUACUGGUUUAGAUGUGCCAAAUGAGAAAAGCAGUGUCCAGUGAUCACGUGUUUAAGUUUGAGAUGGGAUUCUCAGAAUAAGAAACUUACGACUAAAAUAAUAUUUCCACCAAUCAUUUUUUCUUAGAAUAGUACCAGUUUAAUGUGCAUAUAUUUCAAUAAGAAUGAUUUUUUUCUUUCAAUUCUCCUUUGAGAAAUAAUUUAUUGGGUUCCUGAUAAAUCUAUAAGUAGUAGACUACUGUUAAAGGAGAUUACAUUUUAAAAGUGCUUCUUUCUGAAAGACAAACACUGGAAUCAGAAUAUCAAUAUUUUGAUUACAUAAGGAGAAACUAGGAUUUUGUAAACCUGUAGCUCCUCUUUAGAAAUAAAGUACAUGAAAGUGGCCCUUAGCUUAAUCAAAAUAAAUAAUUCAAUAAAUGAUUAUCUACAAUCCUUUCAUUUGAAUAAAGUUCUGUAAACAUUGUUUCAGGACUAGAUAGAUCUGCUUCUUGCUGGAUUAAUAUGCAUAUAUAUGAAAAACUCGUAACAGUAAAAGGUUCUGUUCGUGACUGUAAGUCAAUGUAAGUUUUUCAAAUAAAAAAAAAAAUACACCAUACACUUACCCAAUUCAAUAAAAGCAGAGUGCGGUUCAGGAAUUAUAUAGGUGUUAAAUCAGCAAGGUGCUGAGAAAACAGUUUUGUAAUAAUCCCCUUGUUGUCUGCAGGAAGAUAAAAUAGUUCAGUACAUUUGGAUUAUGAUGUCAAAACUGCUGAUUGUUGCACAUAUCACUAAAUGGAGGUUUGAAUGUAUUUCAGAAAAGAAACAUCACAUCAUUCACCUUGCUUUUUCUUGUUUUUAAGUAUAUAUUUUUUCUUGUUUUUUUUUUUUUUUUUCAUAUUUGCCGGUCACAGAUUGGGAAAGGAAAAGCUCAAAUUUAAAUAAAGAUUUGAAAUUCUUGCAUAUAUCCACCUGCUCUUUUAUGUGUGAACAAUUACAUCAAUGCACCAUUAAAACUGAUUCAUGGUAUUUUUAAAAAUGUUUAAGAUGGCUGAAGGAAUGUUCCCAAUUUAGAUGAAAUUUAUAGGAAAUACUUUAGCUAAGCUUACCUGUGAUGGGAGUAGAUUGGUUAUUUUAGUUUUUUUCUUCUGAAAUUGAAAGCUAGAUAUGAUUAUCUCCAUAGUACUUGAGAGAGACACUGAAAUAGUUGAUUGAUAAAAUCAAUGCUAAACUUAGUUAGGAGAUUCUCCAAAAACAUUUAUAUAAACACCUGUUAGCUAGUUAUUAAAAUUCAGUGGUAUACCAGAACCAGCUAGAAACAACUGCCAAGAACUAGUGACCUACAUCUCUUCUCAACCCCUCUUCUAGAGAUAGCAUUUUGGUGGGUUGAAGUUAGCCCUGUGGUAAUAUCUAGAUAACCAUGGAUAUCAGCAAACACUACCUGUUCUUCCUGGAGAGCCAUUGUUAAAUGUUUACCAACAUUUCACUUCUAAAAAUUGCUUUAUAAAGGAAAGCUCAUGAUUAUAAAGAUGGUAUGAAUAGAAUAUCAAAUAAUGACAUGAAAGGAAUUUAUGCUCUAUCACACUACUAAAUAUAGAUCCCAGUGAUACUCCCUGGUAUGAAGUCCUUGGAGCUACCAGUAGAAAGUAAAGGAUCUACUUCAUUAUGGGAAGUGAUGGCUUAAUAAUUUCAAGGGCAGACAGUAGUCUCAGAAACCAAUAAAUUUAAAUAUUUUCCAUUUGUCUAUAUGGGGGCACCAUUAGAAAUCCAAGGUGCACAAAGUAAUGCAUAUUUUUAACACUUUAAUUUCUUAAAAAUGUUUGCAUUUUACUUGUUACUGUCCUUGUCAAGGAAAUGUGCCCAAGCCCCAAUUCUGAAUUAUCACUGCAUAAUUUUGAGUCAGCAUAAAAAAUAUGAAAAUGAAAUCGUAUCAAGAAAGUGAGCUUUUGCUGAUCAAGCCUAAAUUAUCAUUCUGGUUCCACAGGUCAGUUUCUAUGUUAAAGCAAUAGUGUAUUGCAGACCAAAACUAAGAGGACGACAAGAAAAGACUACCUCUGUGAAGGCAAUGAGUAGCUCUUCCUAUAAGCAAUUAGAUGAAGCUGGUAAAUCUUUUCUUUUGACCAGAAGCUCUCACCUCAGACUGAGAGCUCACCGACAGGAAGUAAUCCUGUUUAGGUAAUGAUAGCUGCCUUUUCACUCUGCCCUCUGAGAAUGUUUUAAAUUAUUUUAACUUCAUGCACAAUUACAUUUAAUACACUAGAUGAUGAACAGGCACCGGCAAUCAUUCUCAUGUAAGAAGUGUAGUUAUAUAAGGUGUGAGUGAUAUUUGUGUUAUGGCCCACAUGCCCAAAGAACUUACAAAUAGACUUGCUACUUAUAUCCAAAAAUAAAAUCUGAGAGAGCUUAAAAUAAGUUUAAAUAUAUUGCAAGAGGCAAAAACAAUCUAAAUGUCUUAAAGUUUUUAAGCACGAGCUAUAAAUAUCUUCAAAUUUUCAAUUUUAAUUUGACAUCGACUUAACAAACUUUUAAUUAACCUAAUUGUUUUAAAAACACUAAAGGUUUAUUUACAGUUGAUCUAAUUAAAGUUGAUAAGAAAGCUUCAGCGUUUCAACUCUUUCUGGUCAGGGAUGGCUGGAGGCACAGUGUAUAUGACAAUAGAGAAGGAAAUUCAUUUUCUGUUAUACAGUUUUAAAAACUAUUAAUAAUGUAUAUUAUGUGUACAUACAAUGCUGUAUGAAAGUUUGGCAGGCAAAGCUAAUGCAGUGAUGUCAGCUAAUCAUCAACAUACCAAAAGAUCAAAAAAGGAGUAAUAACAUUUACAUUUUGAGUGUAAUUGAAAUUGUUUCAGAGGAGUGGGUUAAGCCCUCAAGAAAAAUAGGAGUUUUUUGACUCUGAUUUGGCAGCCAUUGUGAAGUACAGUUCUAGGGGUAAUUUUUCAAGCAAAAACAAGACAGCCAGUGUGUGUGGCAUUCUGAUACUUUUGCAUUGUUAUGUUAGCUUGUAAAGGCUCAGAGUUCAACUGUAAAAGGUCAUGUAUCUGUGCGCAUGUGUGUGAGUGAGUGUGUGUGUGUGUGAGAGAAAGAGAGAGAGAGGGAGAGAGAGAGAUGGGGGGCAUCGGGAAGUAUGUCUGAAACAACGUUAAAAAACUGGUCCAAAAGUACCUUAUUAAUGCCAAUAUAUUAUUGUCAUUUGGCAAAUUCUUGAUAAGCCAUAAGACUAGAAUAUCUGAUAUUGACUGAAGAGAGCAAUAUUUGCUUUAAAAUUUAAUUUAAAAAGAAGGAUUUUGGUAUGAAGGGUAAAGCAUUUAGCUGAACUAUCUAAAUAAUUGCUUCAUUUUAUCUUUAUUGUGUAGAUGUGAUCUGUUAACAGAGACUGUGGAGUUUGAAUUAUUGAUUACAAAAUGUCACUGAGCUUUGGCCUUCAGUAUUAGUGUGGUGUGCUACGAAGUAGCCCUGUUCUGUGGUUUAUAAAAUCUGGGUCAGAAGCCAGUUCUAGCACAUUUUUGCUAUGCCCUGGAUGCCAUUCUAAUUCUCUGAACCUUUAUAUCUUCAUGAUUAAAAUUGAGUUAAUUACUAUCCUGUCUGUUUCAGAGGCUUGUGAGCUGAUUAAGUGAAAGUGCUGUGUAAACUGUAAAAUGCUGUAAAAAAUGUAAGGCUUUAUUAUGGAAAAUUAUGGAAAUUAUAUAAUAAGGUUGAUUAUAUGUAUUGUUAUAUGGUAAACACAGAUAAUGUCUGUUUUUGGAAACAUGCAUUAAGAAAAAAAAAAACAUGCAAUUAGUAUCCUAAAUUGGGAAAGAAUUUUCAGAGACAAUUGGCAUAACUGAGUGAAGCCACUAUGCAAAAACAAUCAUUUUUAGAAGGUCUUUAAAGGUUAGGGUCGAAUUCAAAACAAUUCGGUCAUUAAUAUAAAUUAAGGAUAUCAGUAGGGGCAAGGGAUUACAGAUAAAGAACAGGUAUUUCCCACUCAUGAUGAUGAUUGAGUGGAAGAUGGUCUUUAGUUGAUCCCAGCCUCCUUAUACAGGAGCAGAGGAGACCUGUUGUAAGAUGAUAAUGAAUGUAAGUUAUGAGAUCUUUAGACAUCCAGAGGAAAUAGUGUGUGGCUCUAGGGAGUUCAAAGGUCUUGUCAGUCAUGAGUGGCAUAUGUAUAAUUAAUAAUUUAUAUGCUUCAAAGAACUAAAGUACAAUAAUAUUGACUUAACAUGAAAACUAUCCUGUACUCUUGUUUUGAUGACUUAAAAGUACUUCCAAUAUCUUACUGUAGCUUAUUUUAGCCUUUUAUAAAUGAAGAAGCCAUCAGAGAUUAAUAAGUAAUAUACAUAGGAUACUAUUGCUUUGUCAGUGAUAAUCUACUCAUAAAAUGAGUGUUAAUAAACUUUCUACUCAACUUUAGAUAUUAGUUAUCUGAUUAUUUGAAGCUCGUAUGGACAAGCAUUUUAAAAAAUACAUUAAUAGCUAUGUAAUUACUGAGAAUGUUGAGAAGUGUAGCAUACUCAUACUCAAAGACAGUAACUCAAAGACAUUAACAUUUUUAUUGCAUUAAUUCAUGAAAUAAUGCUAAUGGUUUUUAUUUUUAUAAGCCGUAAAAAUAAUAUGCUUCACUACUGUUUCAUGCUGUAUUUUUUUGUGAGUAAACACUAUUUUUUUAAUAUCAAGAUCUGGCAUAUACAGUAUGUUGAAUGUGAUCAAUACUUCAAAAGUAAUCAACUUUUUAAGACCAAUCAGAUAACUAUAUAGCAAUUGCAUUUUACCUGUAAUGAUUUUAAAGGCAAAAAAUAAAGGGAAAAAGGAAAAAGAACUUACUACACAAAUGUAAUAUGUAUUAUGUUUCAAAUUGCAUAUAAAUAUUAAGCAAUAUAUGAACAUAUGUAUGCACACACACAUACACAAUCUGAGGCUAAAUGCUAAAGUGAAGCAAAUGGCUUUUAACAUUUUUAAAAGAUAAUUAUGGCUACUAGAUGCAAUCUCUACAAUUAAAUUAUGUGGGAAUGCUGAAAAAUGCUACUGCACAUUUGCAAAGCUGUUCUUUACAAUAGAUUCCAGAAUUUUUUUUACAAAAGUUAGAGAAAUUAGCAAUUCAUAUAAGUAAAAUAUCCAACAUAACUUUCGAUGAAAUUAUCAGUGCAUAUUUAUGAGGCUCUAUUAUAAUUAUAUUAACCAGAAUUGGAUCUUUUUUUUCCUGUAAUGUUUUUACUUACAUAAGAGGCACUUGAAUAGAUUGACAUAAAAUAGUUUUUAAAAUGCUAAUUCAAUUAACUACAAAAAUCAAUCCUGAAAGUGUAGUUCCAUUUAGCCUUGUUGGAAAUAAGACAUCAAGUAAAACCUUGAGGUCUGAAUGUAUGUCAGAACCUGAAGAGAUGACUUUUGUUCAACUCAAGCACUGGCUUUCAGGAAGCUAGUCUGCUAAAGUACUAUUUGAGAUUUUUUUUUUGAGCAGAUAAAGGAAAGUACCACUUCAUAACUAUACAAGUGAAUGGCUGUAUACAAAGUGCACAAGAAUAUGAAAAUAUGAAUCAGUUUGGGAAACUAGGAAAGAUGAUAUGAGAGCUUAGUUUAUUGCCGUGAUUUCUUGAUGUGUGCUUUGCUGUGUUUAAAAAUAUUAAGAAACUGUGAAAAUUAAUUUAUUGCAGAAUAAAAUAAUUUCCCAAAUUCUUGAUAAAACACCUGAGACUUGCAAUGGCUAGUUCUUUAGUUCUCAUUCUCAACCAUGGUAGUAAUACCAACUUGGUUUCCAAUUUGUACUUCCUGACCCUUGGUACAGAAAAUGAAUUCCAUUGUAAUUAAAGUUCAAUAUCUUCUUCUAAGUGACUGAAUUUUAUAUAAAAUUAUCUUAAUAAAAAUGUUCUAUUGAUAUGUCA